AUGUUCCUAUUGACGUAUUCUCUGUUGGUUGCUGUGUUCCCAUCACUCAGGUAUCCAGCGUUUCGCCACGCUGCGUUCUCAUGGUGAAUAGAUUUAACCACAAUACAUUUACCUGGCUGGAUCCUCCUUAAUUACCGCACAAUUACAGCGUUAUUUAUAGCGGGGAAGUGAUGCUUCUGGAACAUGACAUAUUGUGGAUACAGAAUUAGUUUGAAUUUAUCUAUACUCUGGCAUUCACAUCUGUCCAUCAGGCAGAUGUUUUGCCGAGUCCUUCAUCCGUGGGAUUCUGUUUUUCCAGGAAUAUGAGUUGUCGGACAGCUGUGAGGAUGAAUAAUGGAGCAGAUCUAACAGUUUGAAGGAAGAAGCCUUUAAAUAAUAAUUCAGGAAGUGCAAGUGCGGUGAGAUUGGAUUGCAAGCUCCUGUGAUACAGUGGGAAUACUGCACACACUGUGUCAGAGUCCAGCCCUGAGCACAUAUUGUCCACCAUUAACCCUGAGAUAUGGCUACAAUCCAGAGUGUCCCUGGGAGAGCGUUUUAUGAUACCCCUCAAUGAAAACAUAAAAUAGGUACAAUAAAUAAUCUGUAAAGCAUCCUCUGGAGGCCCCAAAAGAUAAAAGAGAAAUAAAACAGUGAUAGUGUGUAUUCUUCCAAAUUGCUAUAUAAUCAUGAUUUAAAGUCCUGAAAACAUCCCUGCAUUUCUUGGUAUAUGACAGGCAUGACAUGCCAAGAGAUACAAAACACUGCGUUUCUGUAUAUCCAGGAGUAUACUGUGCCAUCUGUUCCCAUGUGCUGCCUCUGCAUGAUGUGUGUUAGCAAAACCCAGGCUCAGUUUCAGCUUGUUACUUGUACUUCAGAGCUAUAUAAUGCGUCCUGCAUCCAUUGUAUGACACGGUCUAUAGGUGCCCGGCAUUGUAUUAUACGCUCUAUAGGUACCCGGCAUUGUAUGAUACGGACUAUAGGUACCCGGCAUUGUAUGAUACGGACUAUAGGUACCCGGCAUUGUAUGAUACGGUCUAUAGGAACCUGGCAUUGUAUUAUACAGUCUAUAGGUACCCAGCAUUGUAUUACAUGGUCUAUAGGUACCCGGCAUUGUAUGACACAGUCUAUAGGAACCUGGCAUUGUUUGACACGGUCUAUAGGUACCCGGCAUUGUAUGAUAUGGUCUAUAGGUACCCGGCAUUGUAUGACACUGUCUAUAGGAACCUGGCAUUGUAUGACACGGUCUAUAGGAACCUGGCAUUGUAUGACCGGGUUAUAGGUACCCAACAUUUUAUUAUACUGUCUAUAGGUACCCAGCAUUGUAUGACGUGGUCUAUAGGUACCUGGCAUUGUAUGACACUGUCUAUAGGCACUCGGUAUUGUAUGACACGGUCUAUAGGUAUCUGGCAUUGUAUGAUACAGUCUAUAGGCACUCGGUAUUGUAUGACACAGUCUAUAGGUACCUGGCAUUGUAUGAUAUGGUCUAUAGGUACCCAACAUUGUAUUAUACAGUCUAUAGGUACCCGGCGUUGUAUGAUAUGGACUAUAGGUACCCGGCAUUGUAUGAUACGAAUAAUAGGUACCCGGGAUUGUAUGAUACGGUCUAUAGUAACCUGGCAUCGUAUGACACGGUGUAUAGGAACCUGGCAUUGUAUGACACGGUCUUUAGGUACCCGGCCUUGUAUGACACGGUCUUUAGGUACCCGGCCUUGUAUGAUACACUCUAUAGGUAUCAGGCAUUGUAUGAUACGGUCUAUAGGUAUCUGGCAUUGUAUUAUACAGUCUAUAGUUACCCGGCAUUGUAUUAUAUGGCCUAUAGGUGCCCGGCAUUGUAUUAUACGCUCUAUAGGUACCCGGCAUUGUAUGAUACGGACUAUAGGUACCCGGCAUUGUAUGAUACGGUCUAUAGGAACCUGGCAUUGUAUUAUACAGUCUAUAGGUACCCAGCAUUGUAUUACAUGGUCUAUAGGUACCCGGCAUUGUAUGACACAGUCUAUAGGAACCUGGCAUUGUUUGACACGGUCUAUAGGUACCCGGCAUUGUAUGAUAUGGUCUAUAGGUACCCGGCAUUGUAUGACACUGUCUAUAGGAACCUGGCAUUGUAUGACACGGUCUAUAGGAACCUGGCAUUGUAUGACCGGGUUAUAGGUACCCAACAUUUUAUUAUACUGUCUAUAGGUACCCAGCAUUGUAUGACGUGGUCUAUAGGUACCUGGCAUUGUAUGACACUGUCUAUAGGCACUCGGUAUUGUAUGACACGGUCUAUAGGUAUCUGGCAUUGUAUGAUACAGUCUAUAGGCACUCGGUAUUGUAUGACACAGUCUAUAGGUACCUGGCAUUGUAUGAUAUGGUCUAUAGGUACCCAACAUUGUAUUAUACAGUCUAUAGGUACCCGGCGUUGUAUGAUAUGGACUAUAGGUACCCGGCAUUGUAUGAUACGAAUAAUAGGUACCCGGGAUUGUAUGAUACGGUCUAUAGUAACCUGACAUCGUAUGACACGGUGUAUAGGAACCUGGCAUUGUAUGACACGGUCUUUAGGUACCCGGCCUUGUAUGACACGGUCUUUAGGUACCCGGCCUUGUAUGAUACACUCUAUAGGUAUCAGGCAUUGUAUGAUACGGUCUAUAGGUAUCUGGCAUUGUAUUAUACAGUCUAUAGUUACCCGGCAUUGUAUUAUAUGGCCUAUAGGUGCCCGGCAUUGUAUUAUACGCUCUAUAGGUACCCGGCAUUGUAUGAUACGGACUAUAGGUACCCGGCAUUGUAUGAUACGGUCUAUAGGAACCUGGCAUUGUAUUAUACAGUCUAUAGGUACCCAGCAUUGUAUUACAUGGUCUAUAGGUACCCGGCAUUGUAUGACACAGUCUAUAGGAACCUGGCAUUGUUUGACACGGUCUAUAGGUACCCGGCAUUGUAUGAUAUGGUCUAUAGGUACCCGGCAUUGUAUGACACUGUCUAUAGGAACCUGGCAUUGUAUGACACGGUCUAUAGGAACCUGGCAUUGUAUGACCGGGUUAUAGGUACCCAACAUUUUAUUAUACUGUCUAUAGGUACCCAGCAUUGUAUGACGUGGUCUAUAGGUACCUGGCAUUGUAUGACACUGUCUAUAGGCACUCGGUAUUGUAUGACACGGUCUAUAGGUAUCUGGCAUUGUAUGAUACAGUCUAUAGGCACUCGGUAUUGUAUGACACAGUCUAUAGGUACCUGGCAUUGUAUGAUAUGGUCUAUAGGUACCCAACAUUGUAUUAUACAGUCUAUAGGUACCCGGCGUUGUAUGAUAUGGACUAUAGGUACCCGGCAUUGUAUGAUACGAAUAAUAGGUACCCGGGAUUGUAUGAUACGGUCUAUAGUAACCUGGCAUCGUAUGACACGGUGUAUAGGAACCUGGCAUUGUAUGACACGGUCUUUAGGUACCCGGCCUUGUAUGACACGGUCUUUAGGUACCCGGCCUUGUAUGAUACACUCUAUAGGUAUCAGGCAUUGUAUGAUACGGUCUAUAGGUAUCUGGCAUUGUAUUAUACAGUCUAUAGUUACCCGGCAUUGUAUUAUAUGGCCUAUAGGUGCCCGGCAUUGUAUUAUACGCUCUAUAGGUACCCGGCAUUGUAUGAUACGGACUAUAGGUACCCGGCAUUGUAUGAUACGGUCUAUAGGAACCUGGCAUUGUAUUAUACAGUCUAUAGGUACCCAGCAUUGUAUUACAUGGUCUAUAGGUACCCGGCAUUGUAUGACACAGUCUAUAGGAACCUGGCAUUGUUUGACACGGUCUAUAGGUACCCGGCAUUGUAUGAUAUGGUCUAUAGGUACCCGGCAUUGUAUGACACUGUCUAUAGGAACCUGGCAUUGUAUGACAUGGUCUAUAGGCACCUGGUUUUGUAUGAUACAGUCUAUCUAUAG